AUGUCAAUUGCAUCUUCAACACUCAAUUGCUACAACCGAGAUACCAAAUUGUCCUUACAUCGACAUACAGCAGAUUUUCACCCUGACAUUUGGAGGGAUUAUUUCAUUCAAUACGCUUCAGAAUCUACAGAACUUGAUCAUAAAACCGUGCCACAAGUUGAAGCAAUGAAAAAAGAAGUGAGCAAGAUACUUGUCUCAAAGGCUGAGAAGCCCUUAGCAAAAGUCGACAUGAUUGAUUCAAUCUGUCGUCUGGGUGUGAAUUAUCAUUUUGAACGUGAGAUUGAAGAAGUGUUGCAACAAAUUCACAAGAACUAUGUUGAAAAUGGAGAAAUAAAUCUUGAAGAGAACCUUCGCUCUCAUGCUGUGCUAUUUAGGUUACUGAGGCAGCAUGGAUUCCGCGUUUCACCUGAUAUCUUCAACAAGUUCAAGGAUGUGCAAGGAAACUUUAGUGAAAAACUUACCACCGACAUUGAGGGAAUGUUAAGCUUGUAUGAAGCCUCACAUGUCAGGGUUCAUGGAGAGGACAUUUUGGACGAAGCAUUGGCUUUCACUUCCACUCACCUUGAGUCCAUUGUUACCCAACUUAGCCCUUCUCUUGCAACAAGUGUCAAUCAUAGCCUGAAGCAGGCUCUCCAUAAGAACUUGCCUAGGCUAGAAGCACGACGCUACAUACCUAUCUACCAGCAAGAUCCUUCGCACAAUGAAAUUCUACUCACUUUAGCUAUAUUAGACUUCAAUAUUCUGCAAAACCUUCAUCAAAGGGAAUUUGGCUACAUAUGCAAGUGGUGGAAGGAGUUUGACGUCCCUAGAAAUCUACCAUAUGUACGAGAUAGGGUUGUGGAAUGUUGCUUCUGGAUUUUGGCGGUAUAUUAUGAGCCACAAUAUUCUCAAGCAAGAAAAAUAAUGAUGAAAGUAAUCGCCUUGUUAACAAUCAUUGAUGAUACAUAUGAUGCAUAUGGAACAAUUGAUGAAUUAGAGCUAUUGACUGAGGCAAUUGAAAGGUGGGAUAUUAGCUGCUUGGAUGAUGGUCUCCCAGAAUGCAUAAAAUUAUCUUACAGGUCACUUUUGAAGUUUUUUGAAGAAAUAGAGCAAGAAAUGAGGACGGAAGGAAGGGCAUACAGCGUUGAAUAUACCAUAAAAGAACUCAAAAAGGCGGUCCAAGCCUACAUGACUGAGGCAAGAUGGCUCAACAGCAACUAUGUUCCAACAACAGAGGAGUAUACGCGCAUAUCAACGAUGUCAACCUGUUACUUAUUGCUCACAACAACUUCUUACAUUGGCAUGGGAGACAUAGCCACAGAAGACAUCUUCAAAUGGGUAACAAAUCAGCCCAAAAUUGUUUAUGCUUCUUGUCUUCUUUGCAGGCUAAUGGAUGACAUUGUCUCCAACAAGUUUGAACAGAAAAGAGGACAUGUUUCAUCAUUCUUGGAAUGCUAUAUGAGGGAAUAUGGUGAGUCCAGGGAAGCGGCCAUUGAAGAUUGCCGAAAGAGAGUUACGAACGCUUGGAAGGAUAUAAAUGAAGAAUGCCUAAGGCCAACCAAAGUUCCAAUGCCUUUUCUGACGCGCGUUCUCAACCUAUCACGUUUUAUGGAUGUGAUUUACAAAGAUGAAGAUAACUUCACGCAUGCUGGAGGAGUAAUGAAGACAUACAUUAAAGCUUUGCUUGUAGAUCCGGUGCCAAUAUGA